CCCCAUGUGUCCUUCCAAACUUCCCCAAUCAUGUCUGAAGCAAAAAGUGAUGACUGUACAGUACUGUGGACAGCCUGCCCACCUGGCUGCCCCUCGCCCUCCUCUGCUGUUCUCUGCCUGUCCUUUUUCCUGCCUCGCUCUCUCCUCUCUGAAAGUGAGCCAGUGUGCAGAAUGACCUUCAACCACACCCACAGGGAACAAAAACAAAAGAGGGGGAAGUAGCAGGAUGGAGGAGACAAUGGGAUAAACAUGAGAGGGGUGACAGAAAGGCAGCGAAAAGAAGAAGACGGAUAAAGAACAAAACAAAAACCCACGCUGAAGUGAGGACAAUGGAAAAUCUCUCUUCUCUUGGAAGCCAGCGGAGCGCAGAGCUGAAUCUGACAAGAAAGAUGACUCUCCUUCCUUUUCCCCACCAGUCUGAUUAAACCUCUCACUCUAAAAUGAACCCAGCACUCUGAGAGCCACAGAAACGAGGGAGCUGAGGACCAGAGCCUUUGCUAAAGAUGCAGACUGGAAUGCCUUCAGAUACAUUUGAAGGAGCCUUAGAGAGAAGUGACGCUAUGAAAUUCCUUAAAAUCACAUCUGUGGCUGACAAAGGAACCAAAAUUAAAUUCUUAAACCAGAAAAGCAGCCAGCUCUUUUUGAAAACAGUUUCCAAAAGAUUAAUUUCCAACUAGAUCUGUCGCAGAAUUCCCAAUCCUUCUGUUUAAGCGCGCAGUAAGCCGGCUGUAAUGAGUUCAUCCACAAUAGAGGGAUGAUUUCCUUGUGUGACUAAGACAGUAAGUAGACAGAAGGAGGUCUAAUUAAAGUUGUAACAUCUGCCUUCUGAGCUCUAAGUGUGUCUACAGGCAAGCAUCUUUCGCUCCACUUUCUCCGCUCUUAUUUCAAACGAAGAAGGGUAAACAAGGUAUCCGCCUGCUCCCACACAAUGCAACUAAUCUUCUGCAAGUGGCAUCAUCAUAAUUACCAUAACCAAUGAGUAUAACUGUAACUGGGUGCUCUCAAAUAUUCAUAGCAUCUUCCAGCUUAACUUCCACAGCUGCUGGUGGAGAAGAGGAGGAGAAACUGAGGAGGAGAAACUGAGGAGGGUGGGAGGUCUGGAGUGGAGCACGUAACCUGCUUACAAAUUAACACCACAACCAAAGUCGGACAACGUGAGUGAGUUUCUCCUCUCGCUGUUGCACCGCUCUGCCUGCUCUCGCAUGAGCCAUCUUCUUCUCGGUCUGCGGUCUCCACUUUAACGUUAGGCGGAUGCUCCACUUCUGACCGACUUCCCCCGGCUGCUCGGCACUGCCGGAGCCCGCCCGAGCCGCAGCAGCAAGCCCUGCACGGCUCUCUGCCCCCGCUGCUGCGUGAAAAGAUAAACCAACAACGGCAGACCACGACACUGCGGGAGGUGACAGAUCCAGAUUCAGAUUCGAGCCUCUGCAAUAACCACAGACACAUCGGCCAUGCCAUUUCUGCACACAGGGGGAAAUCUUGAUAAGUAUGAGCAGUUCUUUUUUUUUUGAUCCUACAAACUCGGGUCUGCUUGGUGUGGCAGUGGCGAUGUCUUUCCACUCUUAACAGUCUCGAGAUGAGCCUUCUCCUGGAGCCUUGCUCUAUACAAACACCCGGACUGUAAGAAGAAGACUUUAUCACCGAGCCUGGCUCAUCAACGACAAUAAAAGAGACUUUAUUAGUCAUCGACUGCGCUUCUACUUGGAAGAAAAAGCACAUUACUCGCUGUAAAUCAAGCCAGGAGGAUCGAGCCUAAGUGCAAGACGAAUGGUUUGGGCAUGGUGCCCACGCCCCAGGUGUGCGUAUCAACCCUGGUCACAGUGAGCACGAUGGCAGUGGUGGACCUCUACCUGCUGGAGCAGAGCAUGCUGGGUGCUCGUGGUCUUCCAGGACCUAGCGUGUGGCAGUGUGCGGCAGUAUUGCUCGGUGAUGUGGGCUUCCUGCUGGCGCUGCGCUUUGUGUCGGCCGGUGUGGUGUCAGAGGCGCGGUCGCCGCGUCGUGGUUUUGCCAACGCCCUCUGGUUCCUGUUCCUGUCACUGCUCCAGCUCAAGCUUUUCUUCGUCUGCCAUAACUACAGGCAGGAGCACCGUCCGCCAGAUCCGCUUGCCAGGAAGACCCUGACGCUGCUGCUGUCCAUAUGCCUGCCAUCCCUGUUUCUUAUCCUGACGGGAGCUGACCAUAUGACCCCGCAGCGCAGAAAGCAGGAGGUGCGUGGCCGGCUCCUGUGGGUUGUGGUGGACCUGUUGGAUGUGCUGGACCUGCAGGCGGGACUAUGGGAAGCCCAAGCGGGGAGUGGAGGGGUCGUUGAGCAGAGGCUGCCCAUUUGGGCGGAGGGCCUGGUCUUUUUUUAUUGCUACGCCCUUCUGCUGCUGUUGCCCUGUGUGGCUCUCACAGAGCUGGGGGCCACUGGCCUGCCAGGACAGAGGGGUCCCCGUAAGGAGGCUCUGUACCCUUGGCUUAGCUUGGUCACUAUCAAUAUCUUCACCCUGGCCCUGAGGGGCACAGGCAUGCUGUGGUACAGGGACCCCCGUGUGUCCACUGUGUUCCUGGGGAAGAACCUACUGGCUCUGGCUGUGAAGCUGAGCUCAGCCUGGGAAAGACACAAGCAGGAGCGCAGUGCUGCAGGAGCUGGGACUGUGGCUGGAGCAGAACCAGGAGACUCGACCCUGCCAAGCCAGAGCUCAGAGCAGGGAGAGGGCCAGGACCAGGGGAAAGCUCCUCCCUCUCAUUAUCACACACUGUCUCGCUCCCAAAGCCACACGCUCUCCCACGUCAGCAUGGAGCCCACAGAGACGCCCUUGGGACCCUCUUUCAUCUCCCAUGAACUUUAGAGUCACUCUGAACAAAAGCAUGUGCUCACACAUCCACACUUAAAACUCGGACUAGCAGAGCCAGCAUCACAUCCAAACAGAUAACUUGUAUUGUGUUUCAGUACAACAGUGAUAGGUCUAAUGCAGAGCUGUGGAAACGCAUUUGGCAAGCUUGGCUUUCUGCACAUUUUGUUGUGCUAAUAAUAACUCAAAAUGCAUUGCUGGGAUUUGUGGGAGUGUAUUUUUUAAAGUGAUCACUGUGAACACAUCUAUCAGCCUGUAAAGAAUAUUCCAGAAAUGUAUGUUGAAGUCUAGUAGUGCUUGUUCCUUUCUUUAAUCUGGGCACAGCUGCCCAAACUGCCACAGAUUUGGUGAAUGUGUUGCAUUCAGACCCGUUUUAAUUAUUGUAUUGUUUUACUGCAUUACUCCAUUUACAGUAUCUCAUAUUGGUUUACUUAUUUGUUAAUUUUUGAGUUCAGGUCAUGUGGCUUGUCGGAAAAAGGAGAUCAACACUUUUCUGCCAUUAGAUGCCAAAAUACAGACUCUGACCUUUAGCGUACUUUUUUCUCUGUCACUUUACAGGGACCUUUCACAGAGAAAGGUUAAUACAGAGGAGUGACAAUUUAUUUCCCCCUUCCCACAGAGCCAUGAUUCAAGUCCUAUUUGAAUAGAUUUGAAAGGCAUGAAGAGGUAAAACUAUCCAGUUUUUCAAAAUAAAAAAGAUAAGAAAAUAAAAUAAAAAAUAAUGUGUAACAGAUCUUUUAUCCUCAUAUCCUAUCUUUUUUUAUACUCUCAUGACAUCCAAGAUUGAUCUUAAACAUCAGCUGGAGAUGAUUUUAGAGAUGCAUACUGAACCGUCACAUUUAUUUUAGAACCACUUUUGCUGUAAAUGUUAAAACUCUCCUGCAGCGAUUCUACCAAAACAAUAUGUGCAUAACUCAAGAUGCCAACUAUUUAUGAAAGACACCGUUUCCAUAAAUAAAAUCUUUCAACAGUAGGGCUUAAAGAUGAGCAUUUUGCAUCAUCUUAAUCCUAUUGCAACACAAAACUACAGUACAGGUCUAUUUUACUACAUUGUUUACAAAGACAGAAUACCAUUGUAAGUAAUCCCUUUAACCAUUUCAGAACACAUUUAAAAAUCAUGUUUUGCUGUCGUCUGUACUUGUCUUAAAGUCUCUGUCAGUCAUUUUCAAAAAGAAGAAAAAAAACUGUCCAGCUGCCUCAGAUUAUUAAGAGUUAACUUUUUGAUUCUAUUUGAAUUAUGGAUGGAGCCUUUCAUUUACUGAUUUGUUAACGUGUGGGUGUGGUAGUAUUUGGUCGUCAUGGGAUUAUGGGUCAGAGCAGCAGGUGUAGAGGAUGUACAGUACAGACAAGUGCCUUGUUUCCUCAUGGAUCUACAAGCCUCUGCGUCGUCACGAGGCGUACACAUUAUGUGUACCAUGUGGAACUUGGACAUAUGCCAUGUGUACACUGUGAAGUUAUUCCACAGCUGCUGUCAGCUACACCUCCAGGACAGAGUGCAAGCUAAUAAAGUGUUUCAUACUCGC